UUCAGUUUGACACGCUGCCACUUUAGACGCCAGACAUUUGACAAGAAAAACGUAAGAAAGUUAUGUUAUAGGAUUUUUUUAGGUUAUGGAUAUUAUGCGCGUAUACGCUUUAAUUCAGAAGUAAUUAGCCAGGAAAUAGUCUGGUUAGGUUAUUGAUUUAGUAAUUGUUGCUGUUAUUGACUUGGAGACGAGAUUAUGGCAAACAAUCCAGAUCUCUCAACACCUGCAUGUGAGCAAGAGCCACACACAAUUGGAGCAGAGGAGCACACAGACGAGAUUGGAAGGCAGGAUGACAUGUUCAAGUUUGAGGACUUCUCUGAUUGUUCCACGGGAUUUGACAGCUGGGAAGUGAGUGAUUGUGAAGAUGGAAGUGACAACAUUGGGGAAAACACUGAAAAGAUACGCGUGUACAAACUGAAAAAAAUUCUGGAUCAACUGGACAUCUUUUACCAACAGAAGCAACUGGAUGUGCUACAGGCCAGGGAGGAACUAAAAGCAUUUCAAGUUCAUGUAUCUAACCUGGAGGAAUUGAGAGACAAGAUUGAGGUGGACAUGGACAGAGAGACACAAUCUGAGAACAGCGUGGCACUGUUUCGGCUUCGGGCUCAACACAAGCGUAUGUGCUCUGAGCUGCAGGCAGAAGAAGAUUUGGGAGCUCAUUUAGCCAUGAUCUUGAGAGAGCAUGAGCUGGAGCUGUGUCAAGUGGAAGUAGAACUGGGUCGCUUCUCAUCUCUGCGUCUGGAGCUUGAGCUGGAGGAGAAGAACAUCCAGUCUCAGGACAAGAAGAAACAAAAUAUCAGAUUUCAACGAGAGAAGAACGUUAUCACACAACGUAGACAUAAAGCACAACAUGACAAAAUAGAACAUAACAAGGCUUUGCAAUUGGACGUGGAUGUUCAGAGGAAGCAACAGCAACAGGCUCAUGCUAGCCAUCGCAAAGCGGCUGUCUACCUUAAACAGACGUUACAUAGGAUGAAACAGAAAGAGGCCGAGGCAGAAGAGCGGAGGAAGGAGCUAAUAAAGAAGAGGCAGACAGCAGUGAUGACACUUAAAGCCAGUUUUGCUGCAAGUCAGGAAACUAUGUAUGCUAGAAAACAACGACAGAAAGCCUAUGAACAGAAGCAGAGAGAGCAAGAACAAAACUUGACAGAGUUGUUGGAGGCCAAAGGAUUAAACAGCACUGAAGUCAUUCACAGACAAAGACUGCAGGAGUGCUUCAACAAGAAAAUUGCGGAAUUUGAGGAGACACAGAGAGUGGGGCAAAUGGAGAUUGUGGCUAAAUUGCUUUUGGAACAGAACAUGAAGGAAAAGAGUAGAAAAUCUCCUGGUGUGAAACUUCACGAGAACCUACUACCUCCAGCACAUUCAAGGAGAGAGGAAAGGCAUGUAAUGUCAAGUUCCAGAGCAUCUUCUGUCUGGUCCCACAGUGUUGACGACAGUGAUAUUAGUUCCUCUUUAGAUUCUGCAGAACUGGAGAAGUGGAGGGAGCAUGGAGAAAUAAAGGAUGAAGAUGAAGCACAGAUGAGCCUGGCCCAGCCUGAGUUCUCUGGCCUUUGGGAACACAAACUCAAAGUAAUGUAUAUGGCAACACCAGAUGAAAAUAUUCAACUUGAAACAUUUUAUCCCACCAUAAAGAUGGACAUGAAUAAAAGUUUGGUUUCAAAAUUGUCAAAAAAGCCUGUAAAGAGUAGAGAAUCAAAAGGACCACCAUUCAUCAGCAAACCAAAGGUUAUUCUAUUUAAGGAUUGCGAUGUUGGGAAGAUCUACAAGAAGAAAGUCACUCUCACAAAUGUCACAUACGCGACUAAUUACUGCAAGCUGUUGGGAGUGUCAGAGAAUCUUAAAGAUCAUGUUUCAGUGAGUUUUGAGCCACCAGGGCCUAUGUCUGCAGGCAUGACUUGUGAACUAGAGGUUAUAUUUAUACCUUUGCUUGAUGUGGAUUUGGGUGGAAUGAUUCAUUUUCAGUCAGCUACUGGCCCUUUUUCUGUUUCCAUUAAGUGCUCCAAGAAAAAAUGUGAGGUGGUUGUUGAUGAGUGUCUUGUGAAUUUUGGUGCUCAUGUGGUUGGACAGAAAGUUUCACGAGUAAUCACCUUAACAAACAGAGGAGCCUUAGGCACUCGUUACAUGCUGACCCCAAUCACCAACGGCCCCUUUCAGCAGUCCUUCACAAACAAACUGGUUUAUGGUAAAACUGACAGUGCUGAGAUGUCCAGUGUAAAUGUAGAGAACACAGCAGAAACCCCAUCAGGCACAGAGAACACAGGAGAAAUCGAUCACACUGACCUUAAACCAGGUGUUGGCAGUCGUAGCCCUGAUGAGGUUCUGAUGGCUGAUCCAGGAUUAGUGGAGACUAGCAGCUUCGAGUCAACUGAGUUUAGUGUUGGAGAGGCUUAUGUUGGUGAUGUCGGCCCAUUUAUGAGUGUCAAACUACCCAUCAUCUUCACACCAAUGAUUCCAGAGGCAAAACUGGAUUUCCAAAUCACGUUUUCUCAACCUAGUUGUGAAUCGAUAGUGGUUUCAGUUUGUGGGGUGGCAGAGAAUGCACCUGUAUGGAUGACCAAGCCAAAUAUUGACCUAAAAAUCUGCAUGUUUGAUCGGCUAUAUCAGGACAGCAUCGAAGUUCAAAGCAGGGCCAGCACAGCUCUGAGAUUGACAUUCAAGGUGUGUAAAGAGAUGAGGAACCAUAUGUCCAUCUUGCCUAAAACAGGAUUUAUUCAGGCCAAAUCCAGCUUCAGUGCUCAGCUGAAAUUUCAGCCCAGGUAGUCCUUAAUAAUUUAA